GGGAGAACGAGAGGGCGGAGCACAGUGGCACAAGGAGGUGGAGCUUCUGGCCUUUGCGACAUAAAGAACGGCGGCGUUAAUGGCGUGGGAGCCCUGGGCCCACUAGUGCUUUUGCCCCGCGUCGGUGCGACCUACGUGCGCUGGUUGAGACAGUAGACCCCGACCCCAACUGUCCAGGCGACCAGGGAGUGACCCAGAGGGAGCCCAGCGGCCAAAGGGAAGUACGCGCCCCAGUGAUUUUGGGUCCCGGACACAACGGGCUAUAUGGAAGUCAUCCUCUGGACUGCUCUUUGACCCAGGCAGGCGGGGUGCAGACUGGAACUAUCCGGACCUGAGGAGGCACUGAUCACCUGCUAAGGGAUGGAUGAAGAAGAGAAUCACUAUGUUUCACAACUCAGGGAAGUCUUCAGAAGCUGUGACACCACAGGAACAGGCUUUCUGGACCAGGAGGAGCUGACCCAACUCUGUCUUAAGCUGCAUCUAGAACAGCACCUUCCUAUUCUUCUGCAAACACUUCUCGGAAAUGACUGCUAUGCCAGGGUUAACUUUGAGGAUUUUAAGGAAGGUUUUGUGGCAGUGUUAUCAUCAGUUGCUGGUGUUGGCUCCUCAGAUGAAGACAGUAGCUCAUUGGAAUCAGCUGCUUCCCAUGCUGUCCCACCAAAUUAUGUGAGCAGCUCUAAGUGGUAUGGCCGUAGGACCCUACCUGAACCAUGCAACUCUGCAACCAGAACCAAAUUUUUAUCAGAACAGCAAGCCAAGUCCACUGUGAGAAGCCAGAUCCAAUGCUCUGCGUCUCUGGAAAGCGUAGAGAGUUUCAAGUCAGAUGAAGAAGUUGAAAGUUCUAAAGAACUUCAGAAUGAGUUGUUUGAAGCAAAAGGCCAGCUGCCAACCUGGGGUUCCAGGGUCUUUGGGUGCACUCAGAAGUCCCGCACCUCCCCCUUUGACACCCCUGAGAGCCAGGUCCAGGACAUCUGGGAAGAACUAGGUGUUGGCAGCAGUGGUCACCUCAACAAGCAAGAGCUGGCUCUGGUCUGCCAGAGCAUCGGGCUCCAGGGACUCAAGAAAGAGGAACUAGAGGACCUGUUUAACAAACUGGAUGAAGACCGAGAUGGCAGAGUGAGUCUUGAGGAAUUCCAGCUUGGCCUGUUCAAUCAUGGACCCACUUCCUUUCUGGAAUCUUCCACUCCUGUCAAACUGAGGAAGUUCUGGUCUGAUUAUCAGGUCCUGAAGGAGGGUGGCUGCCAUACCAGCACAACAUCGUCUCUCAUGUCCAUGUGCUCAGGCCUGCACCUCUUCUGCAGCAUUGACAAUGGCACCGGCUUUGCCUUUCCUGAGCAGCUCAUUGCUCUGUGGGCCCAGGAGGGGAUUCAGAAUGGCAAAGAGGUCCUGCAGAGCCUUGACUUCAGUGUGGAUGAGAAGGUGAAUCUUUUGGAGCUGACCUGGGCCCUUGAGAAUGAGCUCAUGAUGAUCCGUGGUGCCACUCAGCAGGUGGCUUUGUCCUGCUACCGCCAGGAGCUGAGAUUCUGCCAGAGUCAAGUAGAGCAGAUGGUGAGGGAGCGAGACAAGGCAAGGCAGGAUCUAGAGAAAGCUGAGAAGAGGAACCUGGAAUUUGUGAAAGAGAUGGAUGAUUGUCACUCUACACUAGAACAACUUACAGAGAAGAAGAUCAAACACAUGGAGCAGGAGUACAGAGAACGGCUGAGUCUCCUGCGGUCCGAGGUGGAGAUGGAGCGUGAGAUAUUUUGGGAACAGGCCUGUAGGCAGAGGGCCAUGCUGGAGAAGGACCUGCAGCACCUGCAGGCUGAGGAGGCCAGCCUCCAAGAUAAGCUAACCCUGGCCCUGAAGGAAAACAGUCUAUUGCAGAAGGAGAUUACUGAAGUUGUGGAAAAACUUUCGGAAUCGGAGAAGCUUGUCCUGAAACUGAAGAAUGAUCUGGAUUUUGUGUUGAAAGAUAAGUUGGAGCCACAGAGCACAAAACUCUUGGUCCAGGAGGAGCAAUUCAAGAAGGUCCUAAAGGAGUACGAGCUCAAGUGCAGGGACCUGCAGGACCGCAACGAUGAGCUGCAGGCUGCCAUAGAGAGUCUGCAGGCACAGUUGCCCCAGAGUUGGCAUGGCCAGUCCCAUGCAUCACCAAAUGGAUGGCUGCUUCCUAGACAUGGCCAAGCAGGCAUCAUCUCCAUCCUGGGUGAUUCCACUCCAGUGAGUAUAGAAAUGGAGAUAAUGAUGGAGCAGGUGAAGGAACAUUACCAAGACCUCAAGAUCCAGCUGGAGACCAAGGUAAAUUACUAUGAAAAAGAAAUUGAAAUGAUGAAAAAGGACUUUGCAAGGAAGAAAAAGGAAAUGGAGCAAGCUUUCAAGCUUGAAAUCAGUGUGCUGGAGGAUCAAAAAGCCAACCUGGAGACCCUCCACGUGAAAUCUCAGGAGGUCAUUCGAGGCCUGCAAGACCAGCUCCAGAGUACAACCCAUGGCCCUGAGCUGGAGAGGAAGUUUGAACUAGAGAGGAGGGAGAUGGAGCAGUGCUACACGCAGGUACUAUCUGGCCUGACUCAGCAGCCGACCCAGGAGAAAGAUCAGCUGGAGGAGCUACACCAGAGGCAUCAGCAUGAGCUACAGCUGUUCAGAAUUGAGUUGGAUAGGUUUUCUGAAGAAAACAUGAUGUUGAAAAAUGAGCUGGGAAGGAUUCAACAAGAGCUUGAAUUUACACAAAGGACAAAUGAUACACAGAGGAAGGAAAUUGAGGUUUUAAAGAGAGACAAGGAAAGGGCCUGCUCUGAAAUGGAAGAGUUCAACAAACAGCAAGAAGAACAUAAAAAACAGCUUAAAGAUACAGAAGAAUGGAUAGAAAAAUUAGAAAUGAUUUCAAAGAACAUGGAAAUACUCCUACAAGAAAAAGUGGCUGAGCUGGGACAGCAGUUUGAAAAAAACACAAAAUCUGAUUUGCUGCUCAAGGAGCUCUAUUUGGAAAAUGCUCAUCUGAUGAAAGCACUUCAGAUCACUGAAGAAAAGCAACGAGUAGCUGAGAAAAAAACCCAGAUCUUGGAAGAAAAAGUUAGUGCUCUCAACAAACUAAUCAGUAAGAUGACUUCAGCAUCCUUCUCUGUAUAGACUGAUUGUUUUCCUGGAAUUCAUUUUGAAGGAGCAUCUUUUAAAAUUAAGCCACUAUGAUGCCAUAAUUUUCUAUGGCUCAUUGGUCACACACUCCUGGACAUAUGAGCCAGAUACUGGGGAAAUAGACACAUUGGAAAAGACUACAUUUUUAUUAGCAAUCCUGGGUAAUUUCCUGGUCACUAGUGAAAUCAGGUUAUGGGGCCUCUCAACAAAGAGCUAAAAAGAAAACACAGUAAAACAAUUUCAUAUUGUGCUUUGACUUUGGCUGAAAGAUUAAAAUGAAAAAUUAGGGCUCUGUACAGUUUUACCAUUCUACUGUUACUGCUUUGGGUUUAAAUCAUUAGUAUUCUCAAUGAUGGUUCUAUACAGACUUUCCAGAAACGCUCACUCCCUGUGACUGUCACACAGUGGUAAAAGACAAAAGAAGGGAAGCCCCCUUUUUCAGGGACUGCUGCAGCAUGGGAUGAUCUUUGGACAGUGUUUAUGUUAGGUCUGUGACUUGGGAAUAUUUACUGCAAAUGCAGUCUUUUCCUCACUGAAAUGUUAUCACACUGGAAAUUGUAUUAUAUGUUUAAAAAAAGUGUAGCUCUGUGCUCUGGCUGGGUGGCUCAGUUGGUUGGAGCAUCAUCCUAUAUACCAAAGGGCUGUCUGUGGAUUCAAUCCCCUGGUCAGAGUAGCAACCUAGGCUGUGCUGCAAUGCACAUAUGGAAGGCAAAUGAUCAAUGUUUCUCUCUCACAUCAACAUUUCUGUCUCUCCAUUCCUCUCUAAAAUCAAUUAAAAAAAACAAACACACAUCCUUGGGUGAGGACUUUUUAAAAAGUACUUUUAUAUCAAAAAUAUACAAAUUUUGAUGAUUUGGUUUACUGUAAUAUGAAGUCACUAUUACAAUAAAUUUUUUAUUAAAAUUGAUUUAACUUCAUUUUGAACUUAAUUAUAAAAUAUUUCAAAUAUAUAAAAGUAGUUUUAUAAGAAAGAGGUAUAAAGCUUAGUUCUUAGAAAGAUUCAACAACAUUAACUGAUUAUAUUCCCAAUAAAAAUAUAAACUACCUCAAUCAACCACUUGUCCCAAAAAUGGGCACUUCUAAAGUUUAUAUGUUCAACUAGAUAAGCAAAUUAAAUGAUAUGAAAAAAAGAGCAAUGAAUGGGGAUUACUAAUGCUAGUUAUUAAAUAGCAAGUCUCACUAUAGUUUGGGUUACAUGAGUAUAUACAUUUGUCAAAACUCGUCAAAGGAUACACAUCUUCAUUCACUUUGGGCUUCUGGCUGGGACUGGAGUAACAAGGAGAUUGAAUCUAAUAGACCUGAACAACACUAUCAACCAACUGAUGCUUAUAGAACCAAACAGCCAACAACAGCAGAAAUUGGAACAUUCACCAGACUAGACCAUAUUCUGGACCUUGAAACAAUUCUCAAGAAAGUAAAAGGACUUGAGUCAUAUAUAAAGUAUGUUCUCUGACCACAGUGGAAUUAGACAUCAAGACCAGAAUAUUUGGAAAAUCCCCAAAUAUUUAGGAAAAGAAUAACACACUGCUAAAUAACCCACAAAACAAAGAAGAAAUCAGAGGGGGAAAUUAGAAAAUAUUUUAAACUGAAUGAAAAUGAAAAUGUAUAAAUGGAGCUACUGCAUUACUUAAGGAAAAAUUCAUAGCACUAAAUAUUAGUAAUAGAAAAGAAGCAAGUUCUCAAAAUCAAUGACCCCAGCUUCCACCUUAAAUAACUGGAAAAAGAACAGCAAGUUAAAACUAAAGUAAUCAGAAUAAAGUAAAUGAUGAUCAUAGCAGAAGUCAAGGAACAGAAGUUGGCAAACCACAUUUUCUGUAUGUGUGUGUUUAUGUAUGUAUUUUUAAGUAUAUUUUAUUGUUAUGCUAUUAGUUUUACCAAUUUUCUUCCUCUAUCCCUCUCAGCCCUGUACCCCACAACCAUCCAGCAUUCCCCUCCCUUAGUUCAUGUUCAUAGGUUGUACACGAGUUCUUUGACUUGGUUCCUAUCUCAUUCUUAACUUCUCCCUAUCUAUUUUAUGCUUACCAAUUAUGCUUCUUAUUGCCUGUACCUUCCCCCCUCUAUUCUUCCUUUCCUCUUCCCCGCUGAAAACCCUGCAUGUGGUGUCCAUUUCUCUGAUUCUGUCCCUGUUUUAGUUGUUUGCUUAGUGUUUGUUUUCAUGUUGUUGUUAUUUUUAGCUUCAGUUGUUGAUAGUUGUUUUUGACAUUUUACUGUUCAUAGCUUUUGCUCUUCAAUUUCUUAGGUAAGUCCCUCUAGCAUUUCGUAUAAUAAAGGCUUGGUGAUGAUGAACUGCUUUAGCUUUACCUUAUCUGGGAAGCACUUCAUCUGCUCAUCUAUUCUAAAUGAUAGCUUUGCUGGAGAGAGUCUUCUUGGAUGUAGGUCCUUGCCUUUCAUGACUUGGAAUACUUCUUUCCAGCACGUUCUUGCCUUAAGUUUUCUUUUGAGAAGUCAGCUGAUAGUCUAAUGGGAACUCCUUUGUAGGUAACUGUCUCCUUGCCUAUUGCUGCUAUUAAGAUUCUCUCUUUAUCUUUAAUCUUGGGUAAUUUAAUGAUGAUGUGCCUUGGUGUGUUCCUCUUUGGGUCCAAUUUCUUUGGGACUGUCUGGGCUUCCUGGAAGUCUAUUUAUUUCUUUUACCAGAUUGGGGAAGUUUUCCUUCAUUUGUUCAAAUAAGUUUUCCAUUUCUUGUUCUUCUUCUGGCACCUCUAUAAUUCAGAUUUUGAACAUUUAAAGUUGUCCCAGAGGUUUCUAAGCCUCUCCUCAUUUUUUUGAAUUCUAGUUUCUUCAUGCUGUUUCAGUUGGAUGUUUUUUCCUUUUGUUCCAAAUCAUUAAGUUUCCUUCCUGUUACUGUUGGUUUCCUGAAUAUUUUGCUUUAAUUUCACUUUGGGUAGCUUUCAUUUGUUCCGUCAUUUUCGACCAAGCUGAAUCAGUUCUGCAAGCAUCUUGAUUAUUAGAGUUUUGAACUCUCCAUCUGAUAGACUGGCUAGCUCCUCAUGGCUUAACUCUUUUUUUGGAGUUCUGAUCUGUUCUUUCAUUUGGGACAUAUUUCUUUGUCUCAGCACACCUGCUAAGUUGUAAGGGAGCGGGUCUUAGGUAUUCACCAGGGCAGGGCAACCCUCUUUGCUGUCUGUGGGGGAGGGGCUAAAGAGGGAAAAAUGCAGCUUGCUUGCUGGGCUCUAGCUCAACUUUCCAACAAACUCUCAUGUGAGACUGGGAGUUUUUCCCACCAUGGCAACCCCCACUGUAGUCCAGUCAGCUCUGAGUCUCAGUUUCCCAGUUUGGCUAGCCCCACCCACAUGGCCUGCUACCUCACCAGGUGUUUUCAGCCAUCCCUGCCCACACAGUCCGCCUCUGUGCCCUGGGUUCUCUCAUCUAGCCUCUGCCUUGAGGUCUGGUCCACUACCUUGCCACAGGGUCCUUUCAGCCAGUCCUGCCCACGUGGUCCACCACCUUGCCUCGGGUCCUCUCCGUCUGCCUUUCUCACUCCUACUGGUCUAGUUGGCCUGGUUCACUGUUUCUUUAAUUCCUUGGUUGUUGGAGUUCCACGCAGUUUGAUUUUCUGGAACUUCUGGUUGUUUAUUGUUUUUAGAUUAGUUGUUAUCCUCCUUUUGGUUGUGUGAGGAAGGGAAGGGUUUCUACCUAUACCUCCAUCUUGGCCGAAACUCCACAAACUACAUUUUUAACAGGUUAAGCCCAAUUCUGUAGCCUGCCUUUGUGCUACAGUGGCAGCCAUGAAAGACUCUGGCCUACAAAGUCUAAGAUAUAGAAAAAGUCUAUUGAUCCCUGCAGUAGAAAACCAGAAAAAGAAAAAGCUAAUGGAGGCAAAGGCUGGUUCUUUGAGAAGAUUAAUAAAAUUGGUAAACCUAUAGUCAAGAUGAUCAUGAUAAAAAGAAAUUACCAACAUCAGGAAUAAAAUAGGUGACAUCACUACAGAAUAUACACAAAGCCUAAUAAGGCAAUAUACACAAUACUAUGCCAAUAAAUUCAAUAACUUAUAAUGGAGGAGAUGGAAAUUAUCAAAGAUCAUUAUAGAAGAAUAAACUGAAUAGACCUAUAUCUUUGAGAGUAAUUGAAACUGUGAUUAACCUUCCUACAAAGAAACUCCAGGCCCAGGUGUUUUAAAUGUGAGUUCUGCUAAACAUUUAAGGAAGACAUAAUAUCAAGUGUACAAAACUCUUCUAAAAAAAUUGAAGAGAGGGAAGUAUCUCCCAACCCAUUCUAUGACGACAUUAUGAAUGUCAUAAACAUGACAAGCAAAAAACACUACAGACCAAUAUCUAGAUAAAAAAUGAUAAACAAUAUUUUAGCAAAUCAAACCCUAGUUAUUAUCAGGAAUGCAGGGUUAGUUUAACCUAGGAAGGGGUUGGGACAGGGAUCUAGAAAAAAAGAAAAAAAACUCAUGGACAUGUAUUUUUACUCAACAAUGUGGUGAUUAUGGUGGGGGGAAGGGAUUGGUGGAGAUGGGGAGACAAAUGGUAAUGGAAUAAACACAAUAAAAAAUGAACUAUAAAAAAUUUUGGGAAAAAAAAUACAUGAAAGAUCAACAUUUCUCCCCACAAAAGAUUCACACCCAGAUGGUACUGUCAGUAUUAAAGCCAUUACAUUUCUAUUUAAAACAGGCAAAGGAAUGAACACCAACUUAGUUUUACAUACCAGGCACUGACACCAAAGCUGGCAGUGGUGGCUAUUCAGUGUUCUCACCUUCAUGUGAUUCAGGUAGUCCCUUCACUGAUCUGGGCAGCCUAUUACUAUAACCACUGAUGGGGUGCAGGAGAAGUGGUGCUAGUCUAGUAUCAGGCCUUGCCUUUCAGAAAACUAACAAUGCUGACUUCCAUCCUCUUGGCACUGUGGGAAUCCUGAGCUGCCUGGUCAGAAGUCCAGCUAGCUUUCUGGAGUAAGCCACAUGGAGAGACCACAAAAAAGUCAGGAGAGCAAGCCAACCAGCCACCAUCUGAAUAUGACCACACCAGAGACCUCAAGGAAGAUCUAUAGAACCACCCAAUGGAGCCCGGUCAACCACAGAAUUGUGAGAGCUGAUAAAAUGGUAUGGUUUAAAGCCACUGUUUUGGGUGGUUUGUUUCAUAGAACAGAUCAUUGACAACACUGACAAAGCAUGUGUGUACAUUCCCCUCUCCCAAAACAUUAGAAACCAACAUCACUGACAGGUGAAAAAUUCAUCUACAAAAUAACAGAAAAUCAUACAUUACAGUUCACUAAAUGGCCAGGAAGAGUGUAGCUCAGGGAAUACAAAUAGUUUUCUUUUUUAAUUUUAUACACACCCAGGGAUAUGUUUAUUGAUUUGAGAGAUGUAAGAGAUUAUUGAUUUUUGAUAUGAGAGAAACACUGACAGGUUGCCUCCUAUAUGCACCCUGACAAGGGCUUGAACCCGCAACCUAGGUAUGUCACUUAGGUUGACAUACAGAAUCAACCUCCAACAUUUUGGUGUAUGAACCAAUGUUCCAACCAACUGAGCCACUAAGUCAGGGCAGAAAUGCAAGUAGGUGCUUGCGUCGUACUUAGGUAUUUGUUGGCUUCAGAACUUGUCAAACCCUGUUCUCAUCACAUUUUGAUAAGAAGAAAAAGUGUUUCAACACUCAUUGUUUGCUUAGGACUUGUCAUGGUUGCUAGAACUUGUAUGCAUCACAACACCGCCCUGCAAGAGAAAAUGCUUCAUCAUUCGGUAGUUGUCAUUUGCAGCAUGUGUCAUGAGUUCUAGAACAAAUUAACGAUGAGCACUGAGGUACCACUAGAGGUUAACAAUAGCAUUCUAUUCAUAUAAUUCAUAACAUUAGGGAGUUAAGUAAGAAACAGUAUGAUCAUAACUCAAGUUCCAAAGGCAUACUUCAAAAAACCAUAUUUAUUAAUUACCACAAUUUUAUUUUAAAUUAUGGUAUUGAAUUUAUU